AUGAGACUCGCCAGCCCCGCAACUCACCGUGCAAUUCUCGGCAGAGACUGUGGUAUCAUAUUUCGCAACACCAAAUGGCAAGUGGAAGACAGCAAGAUCGGCGACUAUUUCGCCUACGCCAAGAUUCGCAUCCCAGUGGACGAACCAGCGAUUGGGACCAACAUUCGACUUUUGCACAUUUGGAGCAUUCAUGCUCCGCCAAUCCACGAUGCUAGGUUGGAGUUCUGGAGUCGAGAUGUACCCAACAUCUCCAUUCUCGAUGCAGCGGCUCCUGGUGAGCACUCAGCGGCGAUUAUCGGUGCAGAUUGGAAUGCUGUACCCAGCCCCAUGAUCGAUGAUUUCCCCCCCACUCGUUCCUACAGCAGACUCAUGCCUCUGGGACAACUCGCUCAAGCCGGCCUUGUCGAUUCGUUCCGGACUCUACACCCAAACGGCGUGGCCUACACUCGCCAUCAAGUCACCCACGGUCAACUCGUUUCUGCACGCCGCAUUGAUAGCAUUUGGACCUCGCACAGCCUGGUCCCAUAUUCGCAGUCCGUUCAGACGAGUCCAUCUACUUCAGACCACAGUGUUGUUACGCUCAGUCGUCAAAGCAGCAAGCAAAGGACCGAACUCGGUCCUGGUAUUUGGAGACUCCAUCGGGAAGCCCACCUACAGCCCAGUUUCGAACUUCGUCUGUCCCAAUAUGUGCAGCAACUCCCGCAAGCUACGAGUCAGCCACCGAUCCAGGCAUGGUACAGCUUUGUCGAACGCAUCCGAGCAACAACGGCAAACAUCGCAAACUCCCAACGCCAGCAAUCCCAAAAGCGCGCACGCAAACGCAACGAGAUCUCCAGCAAGCUGUCCCAGAUCGAUAUUCGUCAUGGUGAUGAGAACCGACGUCGCUUCUUAGAGCUCUUGACGAUGCUGCGAUUGAUAGAUCGCACCGAGGCAGCGGACACGGUCAAGAAACGAAGAGCUUUGCACGAACUCAACAUGUUUGUGCCCACAGCAUGGAUCAUCCCAAAGUUGGAGAGUAGAGCCUUUGCGAGCCUUCCGGCUCUCAAGGAUUGCGAAGGAACUCAUGAAAGUCUCGCGGCAAAGCUCGACGCCAUCCGUCGGUUUUACACGACAUUGUUCACUCCGACAUCGGCUAAUCAGACAAGCGAAGAAGCUUCCUCAGUCCUUUUGUCCUCCGUCCGUCGAAAGAUCUCUUCUGCGACAAGGCACAAGUGCGACUCUCCCUUCACGGUGGCAGAGCUACAAGCCGUCCUAAAACGCUCUGUCGACGAUUCUGCUCCUGGUAUGGAUGGCGUAACAUACCCACUUCUUCGAACUCUGGGCGAACCUGCUCUGGAAAGGCUCUGUGCUAUGGGUAACGCCCUCCUUCGCGGACAUUCUCUACCAGACGGCGAGCCAAACCUGCGUGGGGUAAUGCUUCCAAAGAAAGGCGAUCUCAGUCAACUCAAAAACUACCGACCUCUCUCCAUUGCCGCUGUUGCCUUCCGCAUCCUUGGAGGCGUCGUCUCAUCGCGACUCCAGGCAGCGGCGCAAGAGGUCAUCGCUAGCACGCAGACAGGCUUCAUUCUUGGGCGUCAUUCAGCCUCGAAUGUUGUGACACUUUACCUGCUGCACUACGCUGUCGCCUCUGGAAGACAUGUCGAUCCGAUCUGGAUCCUCAAUCUUGACCAGCAAAAGGCGUAUAAUCGAGUUCGCCGCGAAUGGCUCCUGGACUGCCUCUUGGCAUAUGGUUUUGGUUCUCGUUUCAUCACCUACAUUCGAGAGAACUACCGCCACCCCACAGUCUGUCAGUCAGCGGAAGGACAUUUCACUCCACCGAUUCCUUUGCAGUGCGGCAUCCUUCAAGGCGAUCCUAUGUCCUGCCUGCUCUACAACUUCAUGCUGCAGCCAAUGCUCGACUAUGCACAGCACCGACACCAUGCUGGCACGUUGCUAGACUGGGACCCAGACCACCAAAUGUUUGUGUCUUCCCUAGCCUUUGCGGACGACAUCCUCCUAGUUGUCAACAACAAGCGCGACCUGGCCAAGUUCAUGGAUGCUCUCGACCUAUAUGAGAUGGCCAGUAAUGCGAAGGUGAACGAAGAGAAGUCGCAAGCUUUCUUUUUCGUGCGGGGAGCGAACGAUGGUAACGAUCUUCAGCCUCAAGACAUUCCGUAUCCGUUCCUGGGGGAUCCACAAGCCGAGGUGGUCCACCUUGGCUACCCCUUCCGAUUGGAUGGAGGCAUCCCGCAGAACACGAUCGAUCAGCGUCUCAACUCAAUCCAGGCGAAAGUCAACAUCCUCGCGUCCACAAAAACGACGCUGCUUGCACGGGCUCGAAUUGUCAACUCAUUCCUGCUGUCCAAGCUAUGGCACUCGAUUCGCUUAUGUCCUGUUGCACACACCUUGCAACGGCGAAUCAACUCCAUCAUCAACCCUUUCUUGUUCCUCAGCCGCCGCAACUGGAUUCUACACAAGUAUGUUGUCGCCCCAAGACACCUCGGAGGCCUUGGCGUGAUCGAUACGACGCACAUGUUCAUUGCGUUGAUCGGCCAAAUAGCCGCCAACCUCUUGCAGUCGACAGAGCCUCUUGGCCAUCAGUUCCGUGCAGCCCUUCAGCAGCGUCUCUGGACCGAGUACAAAGCCAUACCAGCGCACUUCCUUCUUCGGCGUGGUUUGCCUUGGUUGGCAAUGAACAAUGUCCUUCUGGCACAGCGAUCUUUCCUGAACAGGGUCGUCUAUGCUUUGGCCCAGCUCCGCCUCUCGAUUCUGCCCGAUUGGGACAAUGUCUCUGUCAAAGAGAUAUUAUCCCUGCCUUUCCACAGCGACCUCUUCGGCUACACCUGGCCCGAGAUUCACGAGACCAACACCCAACACUGGGAACGACACGGCCUCCGAGUCUGGGGCGAUGUGCUCUGGUACAAUCACAACGAGAAGGGUAAGGAAAUGCAUCCGUACUCCUGCGCAGAUUCCUACCCACUUGUACCGCCCUCCCCGUCGGGGGUGAAAAGCAACUACGUGCCGUCAAGAGGCCAUCCAGAUACGUACGAGCUCUUCAGCGGUGCUGCGGGUCGAUUGGUCAAGAAACAUUGGAUCGAUAUGUGGCGGGUUCUGCAUCCCACGGUCAGAAAGAAGUUAUUGGACAUAACGAAGUGGUUCAGGAAACAUCCAGACAAGUCCAAGAGCAUCAAGAACCCCAUGCCGCACGACCAGCCGUUCGACAUUGAUACGGUAGGCCUGCCCUUUCCUUGGCACAUCGCAACUCUCGCUGGAAAGCCGCUCAAAGAGUACACUGUCCGGCACGCACGCACGUUCCUUGCCCCCAGCAGCGUUAUUGUUCCUGACUGGGAUCUUGGAUCGACCGAUCAGUGGAAACAAGUCUGGCAGUGGCACACACAAGAUUCUCUCCUAACCUCGCAAGCACAAUCGGACAUCUUUCUCUUCCUGCAUCGCCGACCGUGGCUAGCUCAAAAGCCCCGCGGCGAACGGCGUUUGGCGAAUUACGAUACGCUUAACGAAGACGAAUUCGCCCCAAGACUUCGCCUUCAUCAAGAUCGUGACAACCCACAAGUGGAGGCGGAACUCGAACCAGUCAACGACUCUUACGAAACCGAGCAUGUCUUUGGCGUUGCGGCAUGCAUGCUCUGCAACGGACCGAAGGACUCUGCGAGGCAUGGAUUUAUCGAAUGCCCAGAGGUGCAAAAAGGUGUAUGGAAACAAAUCAUGGGCACGCUCAAGCGAUUUUUGGCACCUCGAGCUGUACCACUCGAUGCCGAAAGCAUAGUUCUCGGGUGGCCGACAUUGCGAAUGCCGUCAGCUGCCCGAGCACGACUUCUUCUUUGGCGUGACUUGGCGAUCCACAUACUGUCACGUCGGAGACAUGAUGCGAUCGUACUUGGCCUCAGCAAGGAUCAUCGACCUCAACUGUCCCUCGACGGUUUCUUCAGCGAACAUGCGGCACUCCUUGUCGCAACUCUGACAAACGCCUAUCAUGGCCUGUCAGAAUCGAAGCGAGCAGAAUUCCAGAAGCGUUGGUUCGAGGGUGGAACCUUCCUGCAAGUCGUCAAUGGCGCUGUGACUUUCCAGCAAAUGUCCAACACCGCCAAUUCACAGAUCGGCAGACGCUGA